AUAUAUCCAGAUGCUUCUCUUUUCCAUUUUUGUGGUUAUUGUUGGUCUUUUCGAGACCUCAGCAGCUUUUUACUCCUUCUCUGGGGGCCCUGAUGUUUUCCACCUACAUCCCACGCCGCAAAGUAUGUGGACUGCAAGCUUUGGCACGGCACUAAAUCGAGACAAGUUCUUUCCACCCUCCUGUCAGUUAUGGAACCGCAAUAAAUUUGGUGCUGUAUCUAUAAACGAAAGCAGCUCUGAAGAGGGGCACACUAACAUCUAUGCUUGCUGGGAGGAAAACGCGGAACGCGAUUGCCUUGGAACUUGUAAAUCGGUGAUUCGAGGAGCGUCUUUCACAGAUGACAGUCUUGAAAAUGAACAGCUCGAGAAAUUCCCGAAUGUUUUGACGAGCUCAAGCGGAGCGCUUGUCGGAGGAUCGUGUACCGGAGGAGGCCUAGGUCUGAUUUUGCUCUUGAUCAUCCUUUACGCCCUCUACAAACUGUAUGAACGUAACAACAGGAUCCAUGAUGAUCCCGUCUGUGCACGCUGUGGCAGAAGUCGUAGUGAUUCACCUCGCCAUGGUGAUGGAGGCAUUAAUGCGGCUACUGUGCUUGAAGUAUGUGCUUGCAUGCUUUCCUAGCGGCUAACCCUUCUGCAUUUUAAUUGGAUGACUGGCUGACUUAUUGAACAACUAACUGACUUACUUGUCUGUCUGUCUGUCACAAUUUAAUCAACACAAACAAAACUUACAUGAAAUAAAACUGCGUAUCGUCACGUAUGAUAUACAUCAUGCACAAUCCAUUGCUCGCAAAAUGUGACAUAGUGAUAUUUCUCUACUACUCCACUGUCCUUAUCAGUACGCUUGUUUUAAAAUAUCCGAUGAAGAGAUCUCGUUGUACUGGAAGAGCUGCCUCUAAAGAGUUGCCUUUGUUAUUGGUCUUUACUGAUUAACCCAAUACAUUCAGUAAUAUUUCAGUAGAAAAGUUUAGUCUAUUAGAUUGAUGUUAGCGGUGAAAAAGACAAAACUGAAGGUAGUCAUUUUAAGGGGCAUGAUCUUGAUAUAUCACCGAUCAUAACACCUUGUUUAGCCUCUUCCAGGUGUUUCAUUAAUUCGUUCCGCUGGGUUUUCAUGCUCUGCUCCAACUAGUCGAACUUCUCAAAGAGGCUACAUCUCGUUUGGUCGGACUAAUUCUCCCUUUUGCGGAAGAGCAAGAGCCAAAAUAAUUCAAAAUAGUGGAGACAACCAGUGCAAGAAACUAAGCAUGGGAUUGAGAGCCAAUCUAGUAUUAAUAGUAAGUUGUAGUUAAAAAUAGGUACCAUAUUUAAUCUCACACUAAAACUUCUCUUCAACAAAGCUAACCGCAAAGAUGUAAUCAUGCGUUCAAAGUCUAUUAUUUUUAAAGUUGAAAAGCUCUACAUUUCAUGACGUUGCGGUGGCCUGAUGGUUAGCGGGCAGGACUCUGGAUCGAGUUCAUGGCAGGUUAUUACCCAGCAUCCUGUCAGAUAGUUCCAACAGUCGCCCAUACCCAUUUAUACUCUUGAGUGGAGAGAAGCACUGUGAGAGUAGAGUUUCUUGCGUUGCCCAAGGAACACAACACAAUGAACCCGGCUUGCGCUGGAACCCAGCCCCCUCGACCCGGAGUUCCGGUGCACUAAUCAUUAAGGAACCGUGCCUCUCCUACCAUGAUAAAAAGCAGAGAGGAUUGUUCUCUUCUACUCCUGUUAUACAAAAUCACUGGAGCGCACGCAAAGCAAACACGCUUCUCCUUAAAAAUUAGGAAGCCUUCGGCUUUGGAACGGCUUUCAUUCAGAGACUGCACUUUUCAUGUGCCCGCCUAAACUAAUGCAUUCCAAUUAUGACAACGUAUUUCGCGAGUGGUUUAACUCACAGAUCAUGCGUCGUGGAGAGUACCUUUUUCAGUUGUCCUACAUGGCGACAUGGAGAGCCAGACUAAGGCCCAAAUAGCAAUUGUACUGCGCUAAAAUAUUCUCCGGUUUGCGUAAAUACCACUUUGUUUAACCUGACUAGCACUUCCGCUAGUCUAAGUUAACGCUGACUUGAGAAUGGUUAGCUCUUUGAAGGGUGCAAUUCCUGUAUUUGCUGACCGUACAUCAAGAGCCUGUCUUAACAAUCGAAUCGAAUGUGAAGCUUGUGUUUUGUCCCUGAUUUGAAGUAUAUUUGUCUCAAAUGUCUGAUAUCAAUUUCAGGUAACAAAUGUUCGACUUUAGGCCGGCCCAUUACCGCCCAGGGAUCCCAGAUAAAAAUGAAACGAAGUUCGACUUUCGAACAUAAUGGAGAUACUGAGAGAUGGGCCUGGGAGAACUCCCGUAUAAAGAGGACGGGGGUGCUCGUCGGGAAAUUUAAAAAGAACCCGUAAGAGGUACUGAAGAUCCCACUUUGUGGGUGUCUUUUGAAAUGUUUUUCUCCCCUUAGAGGUACCUAUUCUGAAAAAAACACAUU